CUGGUCCUACGCCUGCCACGGAUCACCGGGUGGCAGGGCUCUGCGGCUCCAGGCUGAAGGUCGGUCUGGAGGUGGGUGGGCACGGGUCUCACCCGGAUCGUCCGGGAGGCACUGUCCCCGGGCCCCCCGGGCGCCGUGAGGGAUCAUGUCUACAGCCUCCGCCGCCUCCUCCUCCUCCUCGUCUUCGGCCGGUGAGAUGAUUGAAGCCCCUUCCCAGGUCCUCAACUUUGAAGAGAUCGACUACAAGGAGAUCGAGGUAGAAGAGGUUGUUGGAAGAGGGGCCUUUGGAGUAGUUUGCAAAGCUAAGUGGAGAGCAAAAGAUGUUGCUAUUAAACAAAUAGAAAGUGAAUCUGAAAGGAAAGCUUUUAUUGUAGAGCUUCGGCAGUUGUCCCGUGUGAACCAUCCUAAUAUUGUAAAGCUGUAUGGAGCCUGCUUGAAUCCAGUGUGUCUUGUAAUGGAAUACGCUGAAGGGGGUUCUUUAUAUAAUGUACUCCAUGGUGCUGAACCAUUGCCAUAUUAUACAGCUGCCCACGCAAUGAGUUGGUGUUUACAGUGUUCCCAAGGAGUGGCUUAUCUUCAUAGCAUGCAACCCAAAGCUCUAAUCCACAGGGACCUGAAACCACCAAACUUGUUGCUGGUUGCAGGGGGGACAGUUCUAAAAAUCUGUGAUUUUGGUACAGCCUGUGACAUCCAGACACAUAUGACCAAUAACAAAGGGAGUGCUGCUUGGAUGGCACCUGAAGUCUUUGAAGGUAGCAAUUACAGUGAAAAAUGUGAUGUCUUCAGCUGGGGUAUUAUCCUUUGGGAAGUGAUAACACGUCGGAAGCCCUUUGAUGAGAUUGGUGGCCCAGCUUUCCGAAUCAUGUGGGCUGUUCAUAAUGGUACUCGACCACCACUGAUCAAAAAUUUACCUAAGCCCAUUGAGAGCCUGAUGACUCGUUGUUGGUCUAAAGAUCCAUCUCAGCGCCCUUCAAUGGAGGAGAUAGUGAAAAUAAUGACUCACUUGAUGCGGUACUUCCCAGGAGCAGAUGAGCCAUUACAGUAUCCUUGUCAGUAUUCAGAUGAAGGACAGAGCAACUCUGCCACUAGUACAGGCUCAUUCAUGGAUAUUGCAUCUACAAAUACCAGUAAUAAAAGUGAUACCAACAUGGAGCAAGUUCCUGCCACAAAUGAUACUAUUAAACGCUUAGAGUCAAAAUUGUUGAAAAAUCAGGCAAAACAACAGAGUGAAUCUGGACGUUUAAGUUUGGGAGCCUCCCGUGGCAGCAGCAUGGAGAGCUUGCCCCCAACCUCUGAGGGCAAGAGGAUGAGUGCUGACAUGUCUGAAAUAGAAGCUAGGAUCGCGGCGACCACAGCCUAUUCCAAGCCUAAACGGGGCCACCGUAAAACUGCUUCAUUUGGGAACAUUCUGGAUGUCCCUGAGAUCGUCAUAUCAGGCAACGGACAGCCAAGACGUAGAUCCAUCCAAGACUUGACUGUAACUGGAACAGAACCUGUUCAGGUAAGCAGUAGGUCAUCAAGUCCCAGUGUCAGAAUGAUCACUACCUCAGGACCAACCUCAGAGAAGCCAACUCGAAGUCAUCCAUGGACCCCUGAUGAUUCCACAGAUACCAAUGGAUCAGAUAACUCCAUCCCAAUGGCUUAUCUCACACUGGAUCACCAGCUGCAGCCUCUAGCACCAUGCCCAAACUCCAAAGAAUCUAUGGCAGUGUUUGAACAGCAUUGUAAAAUGGCACAAGAAUAUAUGAAAGUUCAAACAGAAAUUGCAUUGUUAUUACAAAGAAAGCAAGAAUUAGUUGCAGAAUUGGACCAGGAUGAAAAGGACCAGCAGAACACAUCACGUCUGGUACAGGAACAUAAAAAGCUUUUAGAUGAAAACAAAAGCCUUUCUACCUACUACCAGCAAUGCAAAAAACAGUUAGAAGUCAUCAGAAGUCAACAGCAAAAACGACAAGGCACUUCAUGAUCCUCUGUGACUGCUAAAUUUUAAAAUAUGCAAAGAAAGACUUUUUUUUUAAGGAACGAAAGACCCUUAUAAUGACAAUUCAUGAGUGUUAGCUUUUUGGCGUGUUCUGAAUGCCAACUGCCUAUACUUGCUGCAUUUGUUUCAUCAUUUAUUUUCCUUUUCUCAUGGUAGACGUGCAAUUCCACUGUCUUCUUGCAUAACAUGGGUGGUGUCUGUCACUUGGAAAAGCAGCAGUUCUCAUCUUCAGAACAGAAGCCGUGAACUGUGACUGUAUAUGCAUGCUCAUUGUGUGAAGGCUAGCCUAGCAGAACACGGGGUAUCAAACUAGCUGCUGUGGGCAAACAGCAUCCUUUCUUCCAUAUUAGCGGUGGAACCUCAAGAAUGAUUUUGUUCUUGUAUCUCAUCUCAAAAACUAACACUUUUUUUCUCCAAAAAAUGGUAUACACCAAGUCAAAGACAGGGUAUUAAGAAUCUAGAAUAAUUGGUGGUACAUUACAGACAUAUAGCACCUUUAGGGAUGGUACACAGUGAGGGCUUUGAUGCCAGCAUCUUUGGAUCAGUAUGGAACUUAGUUCCAUCCAUAAAAUAUUUUAAGGUAAGUGGUGGCUGCUUUAUUUAGUGAAAGCAAUUUUACCAGAUUUCCUUAGACUAAACUUUGAUUAUGAUACAUUGAACAAAAUGGAACUCCCUUUUCUUUUUUUCUAAGGCAUAAAGACUUUUAAUUCUGAUUGUGUGUAUGUGUGUUGAAACUGUAAAGGUUUUAUUACUAAUAUUAUCUCUUAAAGGAAAUUAAAAGGAAAAAAAAUGACCCAGCUUAAAUGAUCAUUCCUUGUUGAAUUAUUUUACCAUAUAUUUGAAGAAACUGAAGAGAAAUAGUGAAAAAAUGGAAAUAAUCACUUCAACUAAAAAGCUCGAACUUUGAUUUCUUUUUAUGAUCCAAAUGAGGAAUAAAUUAGGCAAAUCAAGAGUAAUGGAGAAGUUUUAAAAGUACAUAUAAAUUCAUUAAGUAGCCUACAUAUCCAAGUGUAAUAAUUGAUUUUCCUUGCAAGCUCAUUAAAGAAUGCCUGCUGCCUUUCAACACUUUUAAGAGAAUUUCAACACUUAUAAAGAGAAUAUUUAUAUUGUUAACAAUAACUUUGCUACCGACCUUUAAAAUAGCUUAAAGGUAAUAAUAAAAUGUCAUUGAAAUAAUAGACUAUUCAAGCUCUAUUUUUUUCAGUUGGUAUUAAACCACAUUUUGAUACCAGUACAGGGUAUCUUUUAAAUAAAAGGGUAUCAUCAGUCUCAUUUUUAUAGCAUUAAUGUUUUAUGAAGAGAAAAUUUAAAAUGAAAGCAUAAUUGCUCUAUUAGAAUUCUAUCAUGAUUGUAUUAUAGUUUUUGCUCUAUUUCAGAUAAGCAAGUUGAUCUAAGGAGUUAUCAAAACUCUUCUUAAAAAUGCUAAAGCAGGUAACUUUUUCUUCCAUUAUUUUUUCUCCCCCACUGUGUUUUUAAUGAAUUCCUUGUGUAUACAAGCAAUAAAGGUACAGACGGUUUGUAAUAAACUACAUCUUUUUUAGCUUCUUCAAAAUCUAAUAUUAGAAAGCUUCUGGGAACUAAAUGUCUUCCAUCACCUAAUUUAAAUAAAAGGGAAGUUUAGUUGAAACUGAUAUUGGGUACAACAUGUUAAUAUAAAGAUAAAAUUGGCAUGAAGGUAACUGCAGGCUAAGGAAAAGCAUUUCAUUCGUAGCAUUGCUGCUUACAUGUCCAUCUGUCACUCUGCUAAAAGGGACCUAGUGACUGUUAAGAGGCUUUUCUGAUUAUCUUAGAGCAUAAACUGUCUAAGCUAAAGCUUGACUUUUCCGUUAGGAUUUAGCAUUAGAGAUUUCAGAUUUUAUUUCUAGUCAUUGAUAAGUUUUGCUGUAUCAUAAUACACUUAAAGGAAAUUUUCUUAUUGUUACUACAUAUAGUCAUUUCAUAAAAAUAUUCACAUAGGCAAAUGGAAGAAAAUAUAGAUUUUAGUCAUGGUACCAAAUGCAGAAAGGCUGUCUAACAGUUGCUCGUUUGUUUACAGUAAGUUCCUUGGGAUUUUCAGUGCUGUAGUUGUCCUGGACAUUGAGUGCAGUUCAGCCCUACUUGAUUUUUAAGGAGUUGCCUUGCCAGGCUCAUACUUUUAAGUCCUGAUUAUCACUGAAGAUAGGAGAAAAGGAUACCAGGGAUAAUUAAAAUCCAUAGCCAGUUUGGUCAGUGCUCAACAUCAAACCUUCAAAUAGAGAUUUUAACAAGGAGCUGAACUGUUUGUUAUUCUAAUUGUAUGAUUUAUUCUAAUCCUCAUUUUUGGGGUGGUAAUAGUGGACAGGCACACAAAAUGGCUUAAAAUGCCCCAGAUUAAGAAAUUCCCAAACAAUACUUAAACAAACUCUUAAUUAUAUUUUAUUCUUGCCUCCAAGGAAAGAAAGCACAUUUAGAGGGAAAUAUUCUUUCCUAAACAUUGCUUUUCUGGGUGGAAUAAAAAAUCAGUUAAGAAUAUUUACCAUGUAG